AUGACCGAAUCCCAUACAUCCCAGCCAUGGGACCUGACUUGUGCCAUCGAGCUUCACAAUCUCCUUUCUACUUCGACUUUAAACAGCGAUUUACCAUAUUCUUACUAUUUUCUACCUGAAGACGAGCCCUCAUUAGUAGACAGAAGUGCACGUACCUUGGGUGAUUUCACUCCAAUAUGGAAUCACUUGGGUGUCGAUGCUCCGACAACUUGUCAAGAUCCUGAUGCUGAACCCAAUGAGUCAGCACCAUCUUCUUAUACUUCUGAAGGGCUCUUUUCUGAUCUUAAUAGUCUGCCAUCUUCUGCGACGGAUGAUUCAGAUAUUCCGGAUAUCUACCAAGACUAUGUUACGAAAACAAGAACGGUACGAUGGAAAGAUAAGGUUAAAGGUACGAAAUUUCCGAAACUACAACAGCGGGGGACACGAGCAAAGUCCAGGGAAGAUUUGAUAUCUUUCCCGGAAGAGACGUCGAUAAGGCAAAUCUCUCAAACGAAAACAGAUGUUAGAUCUCCCUUUCCUGCCGAUUGUCUUUUCAAUAUCCAAUCACCGAGAGUACACAAACAGACACGCAGGCAGGUAUUGUCUGAUCUAUGGACGGAUGAGAAUGAGAGCAGCGGACUUGAAUCAGAGGUUGAAACACCUUUGCGGACGAAAUCUGCAAAACACUUCAGCAAUGGUCCUGUUAUCUUUGAUACCCCCGAAAAUAAGAAUACGGUCAUCAAAAAGGGCGUCAUAUAUCCUCUUCACGAUUUGACUCGCGAAGAAAAGUGGAUCAGGAUAGUUAAAAAGCUAUCAUAUCAAUUGAGGCUCGACGAAGCAGUCAGGUCUUCAAAUAAGGAAGACAUACAUGUAUUUGUUGAUUUCAGCAACAUUAUAAUUGGAUUCCAGAACGUUUUAAAAAGUGCACGGCGAUUUCCUGAGAGUGAAAGGAUGGUUGAAAGUCCACCUUUCUCAUACUGUUCACUAGCAUCAAUUCUGGAGAGAAAUCGGCCUGUUGCUAAACGAAUCUUGGUUGGAUCCAGAUCAAGUGACAGAGACUCAGCACCUCAUUUUAACGAGGCUGAGACGUGUGGCUACGAAACCAAUAUUCUUAAGAGGGUGUAUAAAGCAAGGGAGCACACAAUCGAAAAAGCGCGAGGGGGACAAGGAAAUGGAUACCUUACUGGACAAUCGAGUAAACCUGAAACUCCCAUCUCAUCACAAUCCACGAAAUCUGGAUUUGUCGAGCAGGGCGUAGAUGAAAUAUUACAUAUGAAAAUGCUCGAAACUUUGGCCGAUUACCCGAUACCGUCAACCAUUGUCUUGGCAACAGGAGAUGGGGCCGAGGCCGAAUACUCGGGAGGAUUUUUCAAGAAUGUGGAGAGGGCGCUUCUGAAAGGAUGGAACGUUGAAUUGGUGGCUUGGAGCAGUGGUUUGAACCAUGAAUAUAAAAAACGGUCGUUCCAAAAUCGAUGGGGAAAGCAAUUUCGGCUUAUUAUGUUGGAUGAUUUCAGCGAGGAGUUACUGGCGAUUUACAAGAAGGUCGAACCACCACUGGCGAACGAGUAA